UUUACGAGCAGCACCUGGAAGCGACACGGCAGCGGAUGUAGCAGAAGCAGUAGGCUACGGUACAUCGGCAACCAUGUAGCUCUGCGAGCAAAAAUAUUAUACACCCGACUAGCUGAAGUAUCAUGCCCUCCUACGUAUUUAUGUCGCUGUAAAGUAGCAGAGUGCUAAAAUGUGUAUGUGAAGAUAACUGGACAGAAAUUUCAAGGCGAGGAGUCGAGUGUGAAACCGAAGCCUGUAGCGUAGAGGCAUUAUCUGCCCUCUCCUGGACGCUUUGAAAGGUGACGUUGGGUUACUCGUCUUCCUUAUUACCCUACCUUGGCGUUUUAACAGCCUUUUAAAUGACUACACUUGUCCGGCUACGUUUAUUUUAGACUCGGGGGAAGGGUGUGUAACGCCAAGGGACAGUGGGGUUUGUAGUUUGCACCAGGUCUGACUAUCCGCGUUACCGCCCCGUUUUCUCGCAGCGUUUUACUUUUCUCCCAUGUAGUAACGCGAACAGCGCGACCAGGAGACUGAAGAUACAGCGUUUUGGACUAUAAGCAAAACCUGCUUACACCAUGGGGAAUACAACCUCCUGCUGCGUGUCCGCGAGCCCUAAACACCGAAGGAGCAACCACUCCAGGCUCGAGCCCUACCGGCCCGAGCCGGAGCUGAGCCGGGAGGACACGGGCUGCAACCUCCAGCACAUCAGCGACAGAGAAAAUUUAGACGACCUGCCCAUGGAGUACAAUCCCUCAGAUCAUCCCCGAGCCAGCACCAUCUUCCUCAGCAAGUCACAGACUGACGUUCGAGAAAAACGGAAGAGCCUUUACAUCAACCACCAUCAUCCAGGCCCAGUGAGACGGAAGUACAGCUCAUGUUCCACCAUAUUCCUCGAUGACAGCACUGUCAGUCAGCCCAACCUAAAAUACACCAUCAAGUGUGUAUCUCUCGCAAUAUACUACCACAUAAAGAACAGAGAUGUCGACGGAAGAAUGUUGUUAGACAUUUUCGAUGAGAAGCUUCAUCCGCUCUCGAAGUCAGAGCUUCCUCCUGAUUACGACAAACACGACCCUGAGCAGAAACAGAUCUACCGCUUUGUCAGGACGCUGUUCAGUGCCGCACAGCUCACCGCUGAGUGUGCUGUUGUCACAUUGGUGUAUUUGGAGAGGCUCCUGACCUACGCUGAAAUCGACAUUUGCCCUGCCAACUGGAAACGCAUUGUGUUAGGCGCCAUCCUCCUGGCAUCUAAGGUCUGGGAUGACCAGGCGGUCUGGAACGUCGACUACUGCCAAAUUCUCAAGGAUAUCACUGUAGAGGACAUGAAUGAGCUUGAGCGUCAGUUUCUGGAACUGCUGCAGUUCAACAUCAACGUGCCGUCCAGCGUCUACGCCAAGUAUUACUUUGACCUGCGCUCCCUAGCUGAGGCCAACAAUCUCAGCUUCCCCCUUGAACCCCUCAGCAGGGACAAGGCCCAGAAACUAGAGGCCAUCUCACGGUUGUGUGAUGACAAAUACAAGGACUUGAGGAAACAAGCCAAGAAGCGGUCAGUGAGUGCAGACAACCUGACGGUGGUGCGGUGGUGUCCAGCCAUCAUUUCCUAACACUGGCCGUCUACAGCACCAAGAUAGACCUGUCAGACAAUCUGUACUGUAUUACUGCCUGUUAAGCAGGCAAACCAGGUGGGCAGCAGUCCUGUGGAACACUGGGUCUGUCUGGAAUACACACACACACACACACACAAAAUCUGGCACUUUUUGCAAGUGUGAUUGCACCCUCUGGUUGUUGUACAUAAAAGAAGUCGCACUGGCUGCUUGCACUGAACCAAACAGAGAUGAGCUGAACCAAACUGAAGUGUGUGAGUGAAAGUUGUUUGAAUAAAGACCUUGACUGCAGAAGAAAAGAAGAGGCCAAACUGAAAUACAGCUGGCAAAUAUGAGAAACUGUAUGAAGUUGGGAAAAGAAAAUAGGAACAAGGUUAAUGCGAAACAUAACAGAUGACAGCGGCAGCAGCGUUCCAUAAUUCCCUCUGAGACUCGACUGGCUUGUACGGUUGACUGAGGGAGGCCGUGCACAUUCCUUUAAUAUUAAUCUUUUGGUUCAGUCACUUUCUUAGCUGAAGCUUGAUAUGUUUUUUGUUUGACAGCUUACAGGCACAUUUAACAUUUUUAAAUGCUCAAUUCCUCAAUUUGUUUCAGUGUUUUGUUGUUUAUGUGUUCUUUUGCAUUCCCAUCCAGCAGAAACCUCUGCCUGCAGAUAUCAGCCCACACAAAGGAAAGACAUGUACAUUCCACUGUUAACUUGAGUGUACAGUUGAUUCAUUUGACUGGACUUCAUAUCAUGCGCCCUCCUUGACAAAAUAGUCCACCGUGUAGUCAUUUGCGUUGUAGCCGUUUUACUGAAGAGCUAACCUUAAAAAAGCAAGUCAGCGUUUGGCUCAAGGGCGCCUGGGAAUUCAACUUGUACUAUUCCAGUUACAGAACAGUUUCUCUUACAGCAAGACCAUCCAGCCACCAUUCAAAUAAAGCUAUUCACUUAAAGCAAUAUUCAUGCAUUGCUUUGUUGUUGUGAUUAAAUACGAUGAAGCAUGCAUUCUUGGGAGAAUACUGACUUGAAGACAGUAGACUACUACUCCCAGUCAGAUGUGAGAUAUACUGUAGAGCUUAUGUUGUACUUAAUUCACUGCCGUUGUCCUGACCUGUGGUGCCUGUGAUAAGCUAGUUUUAACACUUCUCCCCUUUCUACUGGAGGAAUAGAACAAAUAAUACUGAAGUUUUUUUUUUUUUUUGGUUAACAUUUUGUAUGGUUCUUCCAGCUUACAAAGAAACAGCACAAAUGGGAUAUUGACAUUACUGGAGAGGACCAAAAUGAAUGAAGAAGCAUUAAGCGGCAAUUCAAACACUGCUUACAAAAAGAUAGAUUGUAUACAUUUUUCCAAAUUGUCUCUGUACAGUGUAAAUACUACGCCAGUGUGCAAAAUCUGUAGACUGAGGUCAUUCUGUAAAAAAUCAGAAUGAUGUUCAAAUAUUUAUAUCGGAUCAGUUUUUACUGUACAUGAGAAGGAUGGUAAAUAUGUUUGAUUCCUUGUUCAAAUGACAAAUCAAGUAAAGACAAAGGUGAAGUAUUAAGAUUUAAAAUGGGAGACACCACUUGAGAUUUUUUGUCUGUUUUCUUGUUAUGAUGUUUUCACACUGAGAAAAUGCCAAGUUUUUAUAUGUUACAUACUUUGUAAUAUUUAGAUAACACAAGACUAUUCAGGCUUAUUUUAUGAUUUGUUAUUUUUUGAUAGAUUGUUUUUUUUUCUCUGUGGAAGCAUUGCCAGAUUCAGAUGUUGUUAAGUAAUGUUUGUUUCUUAGGGAGCCCCAUAACUGACAAAAUGUAGUAAAAGGUUAUCCAGCAAGUCAAAAAUACAGUAGAUAAAUAGUACUGUAAAGUAGAUCAAUAAGAGAAUGUAAAGAACUAUAAAGCUUUAUAGAUUUCCUUCAACCUCCAAUGAGUUGGAGAAAAAAGUAAUUUGUUUGCAGUUUGCAGUGAUUCUACAGCAGUAGCCUAUGCAGUAAUGUAUAUGGAUUACAUAACAUUAUGUGCACUGUCACAGGAACUGGAUACUCAAAGAUGGCACCCUCUCACUUAAAUGAAAAUUGUUCGCCUGGCACAUAAGCCAAUAUGCCUGUAGUCCACUGCACAUGCGCACUAGAGUUUCCCCUGCUCGCCCCAUUGACUUGACAUUGGUAUGACGUCACGCAAAUAGAGUGCGAAACCACUUAUAUUGAUCAACAAGAUUGGGACAGAAUCAUUACUAUACAAAUACUGUUUUAACAGUUUGCUUAUAGGAAUCAGGUAGUCUGCUUACAGUGUUCAUUUUGGGUCUUGAAACUCUGCUACCAGUCCAAUGUUUAUAGCCUGCAGUUUAUUUUAAGGACUGUUCAGAAUUUAGAAAUGCACCGAGACCACCGUUGAGGCUUAGUAGCCUAUUUGCACAUGUUACUUUAUUUGUAAACAGCACAAUACUGUCUUAGGCUUUAGUCUAAUUGUAAUUGAACUACUUAACUGUGUUGCUGCACAAUAAUUUAAUUUGUACAGCGCUUGCAACAUCUGUUCUCUACAGUUAUUUUGAAAUGGUCAACAAAAUUUUAAAUAUAAAAUAAUGAAACUUUUUUCAUUAUCUUAUGUUUAUGUAAUAAUACACAAUUGUCAAUUAGAUGGUUAUCUGCAAAAAAAUCCUUUAUAAUCAUUUGCUGAUAGUGAUCAGUUUGAACCUGACAGACGUGAUCACUAUAAAUCUUAUAGUGGAAAGCUCUUCCACGUUUUUGUUAAUAUAAAAUCUCAAGAGAUUUAAAAUCUGUAAUACAAAGAGUAAUAAUUAACCUUGUUUGCAGUUUGACAUUCUUGUCCACAGCUUUACAAAUGUCUCUUUUUUUUUAAUGGUGGUCUAUAGGGAAAAUACUUUUUGGACUGCGGGGAUGUUUUUCAUUGCAGUACCUCAAGUGGCCACUGGGACAAAUAGGCAGCAAGACAGAGAGUUAUAUCAGCUCUAUAAUAUCCAUAUAAUCCAUGAUUCUGGCACUAGUGUUUUCAGUUAGGCUAGCUAGCCACGCAGUUAUCUUGAUUGUUCACUGAUGUUACACAAACCCUUAACUAAAUGUUCUGUGGGGGAAAAGUAGGUUAGAAAUCAAAUGAUUGUGUCCCAAGGACUAAGGAGUUAAAAAAUAAAAUGAGUUGCUGAAAGAUGAAUAGACAAGUAAAAUUAAUAAAGUGAUUCAUUUUGUCAACUGAUUGGAGGUUAGAGGAAAAGUCACAAGCUCUGUUUUUUUUUUUUUAUUAAUACUAUUUAAUGACAUUUUAACUUAUAUCUUUGACUUUUCUGAAAAUCCUUCACAGCGUUUUUUCACUUUUGGGGCUCUGCAGUUUCUUGUAUUUACUGGAUAUAAGUGAAACUGUUUUGUUGUUUUUUUUAACCAAGAACAAAUCACUUCCUGAUUUGCUUUUCUUAACAUUUCAUGGCUCAGAAUUAGGAAAAUGUUCAGGGAUGAAAUAGAGGGUAAACCUAUAAAAUCACUGCAGUUUAAUUGGUGUAAUUCAUUCUAGUUUUCACACUUGAAUGUUAAUAAAAGUGUUAAGUAAUGCUUCAGUUGUACUACUAUUAUAAACGUUAUAAUAGUGGUUGUUUGCCUUAUGAUCAACUGGACUCACAUUUUCCUUCACUACACCAUUAAAUAGACGGUAAAUUAGGUUUAAAAAUAGGACAAAACCUGGAAAUGAUUGAAAAACACACAGAAAUUGCUUUUUUAAAAUAAUUCUUCUUCAUAACACGAAAGGUCAGAAAAAGGUCCAAAUUCAAAUGUCAACGUACCCUCCUCCAAGCUUCUGUUGUUUGUCAAACUACCAGAGAGUCAGUCAGUGAGAUUUCCAUCCCUGAGCAGCAGGGGUGAGAAGGGACAGAACUACCAAAGUCAUGGAGAAAUGAAGGACGACCCUGUUGGAACAUGUUGCUCUGAUCCACCCCACUUGCACAUGAAGUGUAUGACAAGGUGUUAGGACUUGAAUCGAGAACUGUUUGUUUUGCAUGGUGCUUCAAGUGAGUGAAAAAUAAAGUGCAAAAUGUGUCUUUAGGAAAGUAACGUUACUGAAGUUGCUGUUGUGAGUUCAGACUCUUAGAGGUAUUCAAAGAUUGUAUAUCCUAUUUAUUGUAUACAGCCCAGGCUGGCGUUUUCUAGACCCAGAAGUAAGCUUUGAUGCCAUGUGGUCAACUAAGGUGAGUCCUGAGGUGGGAAAUUGACUCCGACAGCAACGACCUUGAGCCUGUGGCGUCCUGUCAGCUGGUUAGGUGUGUGUCAUAGCCUUGUGCACUGAACUCUACCUCUGCAUAGAGUUUUUUUUGAAUUUCACAAAUUAAACUUUGAUCAUGGCGAUUUUCCCUUGCUCAAACAUCAGUCAACUGCUGUAGCUGUGACCUUUUUUGUUUUAUCAUUGAGUGAUAUUUUCAACAAGUUGUAGACUACUGUAUUCUGUUGUUGUUGUUAUUGUCAGUGUAUUAUUUACUUUUCAGUUGAGUCAGUUAUUCUGUUUCUCAGUUUGCCAAAAUCUCUAUCUCUGUUCUUUUUCUCUGUAUGUUUUCAUUAUGAUUUUAGAGAACUGCUCCCAAUUCUUCUCUUCUGAAGCAAUGUUUAGAAAAACCUGUGCAAGAAUUAAACUUUAAAUCCUUGCAAUAAA